AAAAUAUCUAGGAGAAGAUCACAAACGACCCCACAGCCCAUGGCGAUUUGAAUUUCCAAUUUUCUUUAUAAACGUUACCACCGGGGGCUUUACUCAUUCACCGCAGAUCUGAGUCUCCCAACUUCAAAGUUCAAACCCUACCAUUCAGGCUAUACUUUAAAAGGGCAACAUGCGUCGUGGAGUCAGUAGUGGAGGGGGAGGGAGUUCUUUGGGCUAUCUUUUUGGAGGCGGUGAAGAAGGUCAGAAUCCCGCCCCAAAAAAGGUUGAAACUCCUAAGGUUCAGGUGGAGGUUGAACCUACUCAGAAGCCUACUGCUGCAGCACCACCUGCGGAAGUGAUCAAUAAGGAGACUCCAGCAGGCGUUCCUGGCAACACUUCAAACAACUACUUCCGAGCUGAUGGCCAGAACCGUGGAAACUUCCUCACGGAUCGCCCAUCCACAAAGGUCCAUUCAGCUCCUGGUGGGGGUUCAUCUCUAGAUUACCUGUUUGGAGGUGGUGGCCAGUGAGGCCUCACACACGCAAUUGAUGUUGGAAUCGUCAGUUUCGGUCCUUGAGACCUCCUGUAGAUGAUUUCUAUGCUGUAAUAUUGCACUGCUUCCUGUGGCUGGAAUAUUUCCGUUCGAGCUUUGUUACAGUUAAAUGAUUUUGGUUAUCAGUUCAA